UCUGAUGUUUUAAUAAUUCAAUUUGUUGAAAGGGAACUUGCAUUAGUGAGCAAUCACCAGAACAAAUGGGACAAUGCGCACAAGUGGUCACUUUUACGCUCGCUUCUUGUGCCAAAUAUAGAAACAGAGCAGUGUGUGUCAGCUGUAGAAACCUGAGGCAGUAGCCUCGGAAAGGCCUAAUCCCGGAAUUCCCAAAGACCCCUAAGCACUUCAGCAGACCACCACACAGACACAGGAAACCAACAGGAGCGGACCGAAGAAGCAGACUAUGUGGCAUAUCAUCUUAUCAUGAUUGCAUUUUGCGCUAAAAGAGACGCGUUGUUAACUUUGCUUUGUUUGACCUUGGUCUUUAUGACAGACGCGCAAUAUGAAAACUACAAUUUCAGAAAUUUCCCCAAAGAGGAGCUCAUGCCCCUCGCCACUGCGUAUGGAUUGGCUUUAGACAAUUACGCAGCAGAGAAGUGGACGGAGUCGAUCACGUAUUUGGAAUUGAGUUUGCGUUUGCACCGGCUUCUUAAAGAGAGUGGAAGAUACUGCAUGCUGCACUGCUAUAGCAGCAAACCCGAAGAACCGUCCUUUACAGAAAGCCGGGACCUCCACUUCUACUGGCACGUUAUGAUGACAGCGUCCUGUCAGAAGAAAUGCAGAGCUCAUUUCCCCGCGCUGCAGCUCCCUCCUCCCGGCAGAAAGAUCUUGGAGGAUUUCAGCAGAAGAUCUCCCUACAGACACCUGCACUUUGCAUAUACCAGGUUGAAUGACCUGCAGAGAGCUGUCCCAUGUGCCUACACCUACCUCCAGAAGAACCCAGAAGACCAGGAGAUGCACCAGCUGAUGGAGAAGUACAAGAGCCAGUACGACCUGAGUGGCUACCUCACUGACCAUGAGGAACAGCCAUAUGAGGCCUCCUUUCUGAGAGGAGUGAAACUCAUCAAUUCAGGUGAAUACAGCAGCGGUGUUGAACACAUGGAGGAAGCUCUGAGGCUCUACCUCCUGGAGUAUGAUCUCUGUCAGGCAGACUGUGAAGGGAUCUGUCAACUUCCACCACACAGUGACUUCUAUGCAGUCAUAGCAGAGGUUUCUGUUGACAUAUUACAAUGUAAGCUGAAGUGUGAAGAAAACUUGCUGCCUAACAUUGGGGGUUAUUUUGUGGAGAAAUUUGUGGCCACGAUUUACCACUACCUCCAGUAUGCCUACUAUAAGUUAAACAAUGGCCACAGUGCAUUGCCCUGUGUCUACAGCUACUUCCUGUUUGAACCUGAGGACCAAGUCAUGAAGCAGAACCUGCUGUAUUAUAAAGCCUACAGUGAACAGUGGGGCCUUCAACACACCCACUUCACACCCAGGAUGGAAGCUCUCAAACACUACAACCACACCGUCACUCAAAAGCAGAUGCUGACAUCUGCAAAGAAGUACUUAGAGUUGGAUGACGAGGAUUUUUUUGGUGAAGAGGAAGCUGCACUUUUUGCCUCGGAGUCUCCCGAUGUCGAGUUUGAAGAGAUGGGAGACUACGAGGAAUCCUUCUAUGCUGACUGGAGGCAGCCUAAGGACAAAGGAGAUGCUGGGGAGUCAGACAUCUAAAGAGAUCUGACAGUAAUUACAGCUGAUUGGGAAAUGUCAGUGUGAUCAUUAGUCAGUCAGUCAUUUUAGAGAAGAAAAUACCCACAAAAAGUAAUG